AUGGCCAGGCUUACCCAAAACCACACCACCUCUUCUUCUUCAUCUUCAAAACUGAAAUGGGUGAUUCUGACAUGUUGCGCGGCUCUACUUGGAGUGGCUCUGAUUCUAGAUUUCUUCUGGGCUUCGUCUUCUUAUUCUUCAUCUGCGUAUUCCAUUAUUGGGUCUAACUUGGCGCUUCACAAAACUGCGACCCUAGUCGUACCAAAUGUUACAGCCAACAAUGCUGGCCAGAAAAAAGUUGUGGGAGACAAAAGGGAAUAUGCUAAUGAGAGAUUAUUAUCUGGGACAUUUGCUGAUAUAGCUGCACCGGAGCUACCAUGGGAGGAGAUGCCACCAGCACCAGUGCCGCGUCUCGAUGGAGCUGCAAUACAGAUUAAGAAUCUAUUUUACGUGUUUGCAGGAUAUGGCACUCUUGACUAUGUGCAUUCUCAUGUUGAUAUAUUCAAUUUCUCUGACAAUACAUGGGGAGGAAGGUUUGAUAUGCCAAAAGAGAUGGGACAUUCACAUUUAGGAGUCACCUCUGAUGGGAGAUACAUAUAUGUCAUAUCAGGACAAUAUGGCCCCCAAUGCAGAGGGCCUACAGCUCAUUCAUUUGUGCUGGAUACCGAGACAAAGAAAUGGAGUAGUAUACCCCCAUUACCUUCUCCUAGGUACGCUCCAGCAACUCAAUUAUGGAGAGGCAGGCUCCAUGUGAUGGGUGGUAGCAAAGAAAACCGGCAUACACCUGGUGUGGAGCACUGGAGUAUUGCUGUCAAGGAUGGUAAAGCAUUGGAGGAAAAAUGGAGGAAAGAAGUACCUAUUCCACGUGGGGGGCCACAUAGGGCUACUGUUGUGAUCAAUGAUCGCCUCUUUGUCAUUGGUGGUCAAGAAGGUGAUUUUAUGGCCAAACCUGGUUCACCAAUUUUCAAGUGCUCGCGCAGGCAUGAGGUGGUCUAUGCUGAUGUUUAUAUGCUUGAUGAUGAAAUGAAAUGGAAAGUGUUACCUCCUAUGCCGAAACCAAACUCUCAUGUAGAGUGUGCUUGGGUAAUUCUCAACGAUUCAAUAAUCAUCACUGGCGGUACAACAGAAAAGAACCCAAUCACCAAAAGGAUGAUCCUCGUUGGGGAGGUCUUCCAGUUUCACUUGGACUCGAUGACAUGGUCAGUGAUCGGGAGGCUUCCAUACCGAGUAAAAACCACAUUAACUGCUUUUUGGAAUGGUUACUUGUAUUUUACAUCUGGGCAGCGAGACAGAGGACCAGAUAAUCCACAGCCAAGAAAGGUUGUUAAAGACAUGUUUAGAACCAAAUUGAGCUUGUAGCCUAAUUGCCCUCAUCAACCGAUUUUAACAGCAUAUGAUGUUCACCUUCUUAUUUAAGAAGGGU